UCCGCCCCACGGGGCCCACCACAUUUGGUUCUCGCUCGCUCUGGCUGUGCCUCCUCCCUCUGGAACCGCGCGCCCUCCCCGAUCCAAGCGAGCAACCUCCCGCCUCCUCGCGGCCCCUCCACCGCUCGUCUCCAAUGCCACCACCGCCGCCGCCGCGGCCGUGCGCGUAGGCUCUCCCGGCGAUGGGAAACAGCUGCAACGGCCCGAACGCCGCCGGCCGCAACGGCUUCUUGGCCUCCGUCGCCAUCUGGCGCCCCGCGAAGCCCGCCGACGAGGCCGCGCCUCCAGCCGCCCUCCCGGCGUCCACCUCCGACAAGAAGGCGCCAGAGCCCGUCACCAUCCCCGCCGGCGAACACUCCUCCCAUCACGCCUCACGCGCCUCCGACCCGCCUCCCUCCAAGUCCGCCGAGCCGCAGCAGGCCCAGGCCCCUCCGGCCAAGAAGCCCGUGCCCAAGGUCAAGCGCGUCCAGAGCGCCGGCCUCCGCGCCGACUGCGUCCUCAAGCGCGACGUCAACACCGCCCGCCUCAAGGACCUCUACACCAUCGGCAAGAAGCUGGGGCAGGGCCAGUUCGGCACCACCUACCUCUGCGUCGAGAAGGCCACCGGCAAGGAGUUUGCCUGCAAGUCCAUCGCCAAGCGGAAGCUGCUCACCGAUGAGGAUGUCGAGGACGUGCGCCGCGAGAUCCAGAUCAUGCACCACCUCGCCGGACACCAGAACGUCGUAUCCAUCGUCGACGCAUACGAGGACGCCGUCGCCGUGCAGCUCGUCAUGGAGCUCUGCGCCGGGGGCGAGCUGUUCGACAGAAUCAUCCAGAGGGGGCAUUACUCCGAGAAGGCCGCGGCGCAGCUCACGCGGGUGAUCGUGGGCGUCGUGGAGGCGUGCCACUCGCUUGGGGUCAUGCAUAGGGAUCUCAAGCCCGAGAAUUUCUUGUUCGUCAACCAGAAGGAGGACUCGCCGCUCAAGGCCAUUGAUUUCGGGCUCUCCAUAUUCUUCACGCCAGGUCAGAUGUUUACAGAUGUUGUUGGAAGUCCAUACUAUGUUGCACCUGAGGUUCUUUUAAAAAACUAUGGGCGUGAGGUUGACGUCUGGAGUGCUGGUGUAAUAAUCUAUAUCCUGUUGAGUGGGGUUCCACCAUUCUGGGAUGAAAGUGAACAAGGGAUAUUUGAACAAGUUUUGAAAGGUGAACUGGACUUUUCAACUGAACCCUGGCCUAGUAUCUCAGAUAGUGCGAAGGAUUUGGUCAGGAAAAUGCUUAUCCGUGAUCCAAAGAAGAGAUUGACUGCCCAUGAAGCCCUAUGUCACCCUUGGGUUUGUGUUGAUGGAGUUGCUCCUGAUAAGCCUCUUGAUUCUGCUGUCCUGAGUCGAUUGAAACAAUUUUCUGCAAUGAACAAACUAAAGAAAAUGGCCCUUAGGGUUAUUGCCGAGAGUUUGUCAGAAGAAGAAAUUGCAGGAUUGAAGGAAAUGUUUAAAAUGCUAGACUCUGAUAAUAGUGGUCAUAUCACAUUGGAGGAGUUAAAAUCUGGCUUGCGGCGAGUUGGUGCUACUUUGAUGGACUCCGAAAUUGAUGCUUUAAUGGAAGCAGCAGAUAUUGACAAUAGUGGUACAAUCGAUUAUGGGGAGUUUAUUGCUGCAACUAUGCACAUAAACAAAGUUGACAAGGAGGAUAAGCUCUUUACAGCUUUCUCAUACUUUGAUAAAGACGGCAGUGGUUAUAUUACUCAAGAUGAGCUCCAAAAGGCAUGUGAGGAGUUUGGUAUUGGAGACACCCGUCUUGAAGAUAUUAUUGGCGAUGUUGAUAAGGACAAUGAUGGACGGAUCGACUACAAUGAGUUCGUUGAAAUGAUGCAGAAAGGAAAUAAUCCACUGGGUAGAAAAGGACAUCAAAGCAAUGUGAACUUUGGUCUUGGAGAUGCACUGAAGCUUCGGUAAAAGAGGUGCAGUUAACCAAAAUUACCAUACAGUGACUCGCAAAAGUUAGCACAGCAGCAGAAUAGCUCCCACAGCUUGUCGCAUGCAGGCCGGCAUUCAGAUUAUCAGAUCUCAAUAUUCCAUUGCAGCUUAUUCCAAGUUCUUGGGGGUCUCUGAAGCCAAGCUAAUGCGUGCGGCAGUGCCACGAACCACUCUGAAAAUUGACAUUGAUUAGGGAGCUUAACAUGGCAUCAUUUGAUUUACCACCAUGGAGCAUGGACCGCAUUGUAGUUCGUUUUCAGCGGUAACAAAUUCUUGGUGAAACCGCCAUGUACAUGCAUUGUAAGUAAGCAUGAGAGUUGAGUAGGAGAGGUCCUUUUUCUUCCGUCCCUUCAAUUUUUUGCACCCGUUCUGAAACCAGCGGCAGGGAGACCCUAUCGAUGUAAGUGGGACUCCAGCUGCUACGUUUGAUCCUCUUCAUCUGUGAUUCUCUACUGGAUAGCGGUUUAGUCUGUCUUGGCAUUUUUGUAACGGCAGGUUGUGUGUGUGUCUCUUUGUACUAUAGGAAAAAAUAUCUGACUAACGAAAAUGAUUCUCCUCCUAUUCUGGUGUUCCAC